AUGUAUACCUCAACCCUGACCAGCUUCCUCGCCCUGACUGCCAUUGCAGCAGGUGCUGCUAUCGACACCACCGCUCACGCAGACAUUGAGACCCGCCAGGUCGGAGCUACUCCAGGGUUCUGUAGCGCGAGUCGGAACUGGUGUGUCACUACAAAGGAUCAGAACUCGGUUAGUACUUGCCAUUUCCGAGAGCCCAUUGGCAAUAAGAAUAUUGGCUCUUAUCAGUCUCUCCAGGAAUCCCAAUGUGCUAUCAUCAGCGGUUCGGUAACCAACAUGCCCUCCGGCGGCUCCCUGGGCACGCUGCGGCCCGUAGCCAUCCUCCACGACCCGACCCGCGUCCACUGCGGCCCAGACGACCCGGUCCAGGGCUACGUGCAGCUCAGCUACAUCCCGAGCCGCCAGAUGCCGCACGACACGCAGCUCUUCAGCCCGUGCAGGAUCUUCCUCACGCUGCGCGGCCGUCUCAAGGUCACCGUCGAGCCGGGCCGCCGCCGCAGCACGCAGCACUCCCUCAGCAACCGCACCGCGCGCGCCCGCGUCCCGCUCUUCUCGACGCCCGAGCUGCUCGUCCACGAGGGACCCGUGCAGCUCAGCGCCAGCCAGGCCUGCAACUACCCCUUCUCCCUGUCCUUCCCCGGCGGCGAUGCGACCACCAUCCCGGACCAUGUCGUCGCCAUGUGCGCCCCCUGGGACCCCGCGGACGACAUGUUCAGCAUGGCACCCCGCCAGCCGCUCCCGCCGACCAUGAGCAUGCAGCGGGACGAGAUUGCGGGCUUCGCGGACCACGUGGGCGCGCAGUAUGAGCUCGCCACGCGCGUCGAGAUGCCCGGGAUCGACGUCGAGUUCAGCUACAACCUGAUCGACUCCGGGCUAAACAACAAGCUUGCGCGGGUUGGUGGCGGCGUGUCGGCGUGGCGCGGGACCAAAGUGCUGUACGAGCGGCCGCGCGUGGACAGGCCGGUGCCGGUUGACCUGAAGCAUGGUAACGGGUGGCUGUUCGUCAAGGACCGCGACCUGAUUAGCUGCGCCAAGGACGUCCACAGGGGCCAGCCCCUGCUCGUCCAGGUCCGCGUGCAGCCGUCCGAGAGCAAGUCGACGACGCUCGUGAUGCCGGCCAUCGAGCUUGUCAAGGUCACCGUGGCAGUGGAGACGCGUGUCCAGGCGAGAGUGUUCGCCGAGGCUCGCGGGCAGCUCGAGUUCGAUAAGAACGAGCCCGCUGCCGAGGAGACUGUCUUCGUUUGCAAAGUUGGGCCGCAGAACGACCAGUCAAGCCCAGCAGACGGGAGGGAAGGCAAUGGGAAGUCCAAGGGUGAAAGCGCAAUGGGCAAUGGACUGUUCAGCGCGGACAACGACUGGACACAUGUGCUGACGUUCCUGACAAUCACCAGAAAUCUCGGCAGCUCUUUUACGUCGCCCUGUAUCCGGCGGACCUACAUGUUCAGGGUCAAGAGCCUUGUGCGCAUCGCCGGGAUCGACCGCCACGAGCAGUUCGAACAGCCAUUGCCAAUAACGAGCCGAGACCCUGCCGCAGUAUGAGCCAUAAAGGCUAUAUCCAAAUCAGACAAUUCGGACAUAGCCGACCCGUCUAGCGC